UCUUCAGUCGUACAUUCCCCCCACAGCUGCAGGAAAGAUCUCGUGUACACAUGAUCACGUGACACAAGUCACAAGUACAGAAUCCUCGAAAAAAUGCCGACACUCUCACGUCUCCAAAAAUACACAAUAAUUGCAGUUGGCACUGUAAGUGGUGCAGGUUUGUUUUAUUACAAUGUUUAUGGUAAAGGAGAAGAGGUGGCUCACGUUGCGAACUCCUGGACAACGGAUUUUGUGCCUUCGGUGACAUGGGACAGCAACUGGGACAGGAGAGACCCAAAGAGUUUAGUUAAGCCGAUGAAGAAGGUGACUGAAGAGGCUCAGAACAAAUACAACGAACAGCUUGAACAACACAAAGCAAAAACUACUAGACACCUGGUGCUUAUUCGACAUGGACAGUAUAAUUUAAAGGGAAAGAAUGAUGCUGAACGAUAUUUAACUGAACUGGGCAGGCGUCAGGCAGAUUAUACUGGCAAACGACUAGCUGAGCUGGCCCUCCCCUUUUCCCUAAUCGUCAGGUCAACGAUGACCAGAGCACAAGAGACUUCCAAAAUAAUCGAAAAGUCAUUAUCAGAUGUUCCCACGGAGGAUGACAUCCUUCUUAUGGAGGGAGCACCAAUUCCCCCCGAGCCACCCAUUAGGCACUGGAAGUCUGAGUGGCAGUACUUCCAGGACGGGCCUCGGAUAGAGGCGGCAUUUAGAAAGCACUUCCACAGAGCAUCUCCACACCAAACAAAGGAUUCUUAUACUCUACUCGUGUGCCACGCCAAUGUCAUCCGUUAUUUCGUGUGCAGGGCUCUGCAAUUUCCUCCUGAGGCCUGGCUGAGGCUCUCCCUCAAGCACGCCAGCAUCACGUGGAUCAGCAUCCAUCCCAGUGGUAACGUCUCCCUGAGAUGCUUCGGAGACUCCGGCCAUAUGCCCCCAGAGGCCAUCACUACUAAUCAGUGA